UUAGAGUAUCCAGCAAUCUUGACAGGGCGCGAUGAGGAUUUAAAAAGGCCAUGGCACCUCGACUCGUUGAUUCUUUCCUCAAGCAAGUCUUCUCUUCAUCAUUCUCUUCACUACUUCUCGCUUCAUUGAUUGAGGCCUUCCACAUUCCUUGCGCAGGAUCGCUCGCUCUUUACUCUACAAUCACUUACAUUCUCUACCUUUCUUUCUUUCCAAAAAAAACCCACUAGCAUCACAAUGCGUCACGCUCAGUCUGCCUCUCUCUUGACGGCCCUGCUGUCGGCCACCCAGGUUGCCGCCCACGGUCACGUCACCAACAUCGUCGUGGAUGGUGUCUACUACGAGGGUUUCGACAUCAACUCCUUCCCUUACGAGACCGACCCCCCGAAGGUGGCUGCCUGGACGACCCCCAACACUGGCAACGGCUUCAUCUCGCCCGAUGACUACCGCAACCCCAACAUCAUCUGCCACGAGAACGCCACCAACGCCCAGGCCCACGUUGUCGUCGGUGCCGGUGAGAAGGUCAACAUCCAGUGGACUGCCUGGCCGGACUCCCACCACGGUCCCGUCCUGGACUUCCUGGCGAACUGCGGUGACAGCUGCGAGACGGUCGACAAGACCACCCUCGAGUUCUUCAAGAUCGACGGUGUCGGUCUGGUCAGCGACACCGAGGUCCCCGGUACCUGGGGUACCGACCAGCUGAUCAACAACAACAACAGCUGGAUGGUCGAGAUCCCCCCGUCCAUUGCCCCUGGCAACUACGUCCUUCGCCACGAGCUCAUCGCUCUCCACAGCGCCGAGGAAGAGGAUGGUGCCCAGAACUACCCCCAGUGCUUCAACCUGCAGGUCACCGGUACCGGCACGGCCACCCCCUCGGGUGUUCUGGGUACCGAGCUCUACACGGCCACUGAGAACGGCAUCCUAGUCAACAUCUACUCGACCCUGAGCACCUACACCGUGCCCGGUCCUUCCCUGUACACCGGCGCCGUCUCCAUCACCCAGACCACCUCGGCCAUCACUUCGACCGGUACCGCCGCCACGGGCAGCGCUAGCGCCAGCGCCGUCGCCACGGCCUCCUCCAGCGUUGCCGCUGCUACCACUGCUGCUGAGACUUCCAUCGCUGCCGAUGUCACCAGCGUUGCUGCCGACACGGCUGUGGCCACCAGCAGCAGCACCCCGGUCGCCAGCGCCAGCUCGACCUACACCCAGAUCCCGGUGCAGGUUCCCUCGUCCUGGACCACCCUGGUGACCAUCACUCCCCAGGCUGCCACCUCGGUUGAGCCCGAGUCGACCAUCACCUCUGCUCCGGUUGUCACCUCUGCUGCUGCGGGCUCCAGCGGCACUCAGUCUCUGUACGGCCAGUGCGGUGGUAUCAACUACAGCGGUGCUACUCAGUGUGCUUCGGGCGCGAGCUGCCACUCGUACAACCCUUACUACUACCAGUGCAUUGCUAGUGCUUAGAUACCUUGCUACAUACUUGCCACAUACUUGCUACUAUAGCUACAAUAUCACUUGACUUGCCACACG